GAGGUGGAAAGGAGCAUUCAAAUGAAGUCAAAGUACUUUUUAGUCGUGCUGGUUGCACUUCCUCCCUGGAUGCCAGUUUGUUCUCUCUUCUGGGGCCUCUAGGAUUCACUCAAGGAGAUUCUGCUUGAGUCAAGACAGAGAAGAGAGAGAGAGAGAGAGAAAAAAAAAGUGUUUCCGUGUCAGAUACGGAAGAAACUGAAUGUGGCAGAAAGCAGCCGUUUGCUGGCACCGCCUUCAUCCUCCUCCUCCUCAUCAGAGCAGCAGGACGUCCGAACUACAAGUGGACCGCAGCUACCGAGCCUGGAGGAAAAACAAACAUGUCGAGGGGAACUUAAAAAGCAGCCCUGAGAGGUGGGGUGUGAAGUGUGGAGAAAGAUGUGAGCGCCGCCGACAGAAUGCUGUUUUCUGACGGGACGAGUGACGACGCAGCGGCGCUCCAGCCGACAGACACCGGGAGCCGUUAGACGCGCAGCGCGGGGAGCUGACGCCGUGAGUCCGCCUCCAAGUUCACUCCGCGCCGGACUACGGAGCCACAACACAUCGGUGCUGCUGCUGCUUUUUUUUUUUAAGGAAACUCCAGUCGACACCAGCACAGCAGAACAAACGAUAGAUGUUUUUUUAAGCAGCCCAUGGCCUGCAUUCUGCUGACAAACAUGGAUCCGCCUACAUCCAGUCCUGCAACACAUUCCAACGGCGCCCUCCCUGACGCCGACUCGGCCACUGGACUCGACUCUAAGCCGGACUUGGAAGCCACCUGUUUGAGCGUCCACCUUUACUACCUGGGGAAGGACGAAGGAGGAGUCGAGGCCAAGUGUUCAAAAGAUGCGCUCGCGUUUCCCCCUGGAGAGUACGUGGCAGAGGAUCUGUGCAUCAUUGCAGCGAAAGCAUGUGGGAUUGGUCCGGUGUACUGCAGCCUGUUUGGCUUAAUGAGGGAACAUGACCGGAUAUGGUUCCCACCUAACCACGUCUUCAAAGUGGACCACUCAGCCAGUGAGACCCUGCACUUCAGGAUCAGAUACUACUUUCCUGGCUGGUAUAACAGCAGCAGUUCAUCCUACGCUCAUCGCUACGGCUUGUCCAAAGGGAUGGAAAGUCCCGUGAUGGAUGAUUGUGUCAUGGCAUACCAGUUUUCUCAGUGGCGUAGUGACUUCCUGAAUGGCUGGGUUCAAAUUCCAGUGAGCCAUGAGGCCCAGGAGGAGUGUUUGGGCAUGGCUGUGCUGGACAUGAUGAGACUUGCCAAAGAGAGUGGCCAGUCGCCAGUGGACAUCUACAAUGACACCAGCUACAAGUCGUUCCUGCCGCGAUGCAUGCGAAGCCGCAUCCAGGAAUAUAACAUCUUGACUCGGAAGAGAAUCCGCUACCGCUUCAGGAAGUUCAUCCAGCAGUUCAGCGAAUGCAGGGCCACGGUGUGUAACCUCAAGCUCAAAUACCUGAUUAACCUGGAGACGCUGCUUCCCUGUCUCUACUCUGAGCGCUUCCAAGUCACCGACCUCUCCUCACAAGAGGUUACCAUCGUUGUCAUGGGCAACAAGGGCAUCCAGUGGUCAAAAGGGAAAGAGGACAUGGGAGCAGAGGAGGAGCUGCAGACGUACUGUGAUUUCCCAGAAGUGAUUGACAUCAGCAUCAAGCAGGGCAGCAAGGAGGGCUCUGCAGAGAGUCGCAUAGUUACCCUCACCAGGCAGGACAACAAGAUUCUGGAAGUGGAGUUUUACUCGCUCUCAGAGGCCCUGUCAUUCGUGUCAUUGGUUGAUGGGUACUACAGAUUGGUCGCCGAUGCUCAUCAUUAUCUGUGUAAAGAAGUGGCUCCGCCGAGGCUCCUGGAGUGCAUUCAGAGCUACUGCCACGGCCCUGUGUCGAUGGAGUUUACAACUGGUAAACUACGUCGCUCGGGUAACCACCAGGGCCUGUACAUCCUGCGCUGCAGUCCCAGGGACUAUGACAAAUUCUUUAUGUCCUUUGUGGUUGGGUAUGAAACCAUGGUGGACUAUAAGCACUGUCAGAUCAUGAAGACGGAGUCAGGAGAGUACAUCCUGAGUGGUGCCAAGAGGAGCUUCGGUUCGCUCAGGGAACUUCUGCAUUGCUACCAAAAGGAGGCGCUCCGCACGGAUGGGUACACGUUUCAGCUGACCAGGUGUUGCUCACCUAGCUGCAAAGAUAAAUCCAACCUGCUGGUGUGCAGAAACAAUCAAGGGGCAGAGGUUUCUCUGUCUCCUUCGCUCCACAAGCACAUCAGCCAGAUGGUCUUCCACAAGAUCCGAAAAGAGGACCUCGUCAUUAGUGAAAGUCUGGGUCAAGGAACUUUCACUAAGAUCUUCUGCGGCGUGAGGAAAGAGCUGGGAGACUACGGAGAGGUGCACCAGAUCGACGUCGUGAUCAAGAUCCUGGACAAGGCUCACCGCAACUAUUCAGAGUCCUUCUUUGAAGCCGCCAGUAUGAUGAGCCAGCUCUCCCACAAGCACUUACUCCUCAACUAUGGCAUUUGUGUUUGCGGCGAUGAGAACAUGAUGGUGCAGGAGUAUGGGAAAUUUGGUUCAGUGGACACGUACCUGAAAAAGAACAAAAGCUGUGUUAACAUCACCUGGAAGCUAGAAGUGGCCAAGCAGCUAGCCUGGGCCAUGCACUACCUGGAGGAUAAAAACCUCACUCAUGGAAAUGUUUGUGCCAAGAAUGUCCUCUUGAUCAGAGAGGAAGAUCGAAAAACAGGCAGUCUGCCCUUCAUCAAGCUCAGUGAUCCUGGUAUCAGCAUCACUGUGCUGCCCAGAGAAGUUCUGGUGGAGCGAAUCCCCUGGGUGCCCCCCGAGUGCAUCGACAACCCCCAAAAUCUGAGUUUAGCCACAGACAAGUGGGGCUUUGGGACCACCCUUUGGGAGAUCUGCAGUGGUGGAGACAAACCGCUCAGCACACUGGACAGCUCAAAGAAGAACUUGUUCUAUGAGGACAGACACCAGCUGCCUGCUCCCAAAUGGACAGAACUGGCCAAUCUGAUAAACAGCUGCAUGGACUAUGAGCCUUCACACCGACCCUCAUUCAGAGCAGUUAUCAGAGAUCUCAACAGUCUCUUCACACCAGACUAUGAGCUGCUGGUGGAGAGCGACAUGGUGCCCAGCCGGACGCGAGGGUUUGGCUUCCCGUGGGCUUCUGAGAGCCAGGAGCCGGCCCAGUUUGAAGAGAGGCACCUCAUCUUUCUCAAGCAGCUGGGCAAAGGCAACUUUGGCAGUGUGGAGAUGUGCCGGUACGACCCCCUGCAGGACAGCACAGGGGAGGUGGUGGCCGUGAAGAAACUCCAGCACAGUACAGCUGAGCACCUCCGUGACUUUGAGCGGGAAAUUGAUAUCCUGAAAUCGCUACAGCAUGAAAACAUCGUCAAAUACAAAGGAGUAUGCUACAGCGCAGGACGAAGGAACCUCAGGCUGAUCAUGGAAUAUCUCCCCUUCGGCAGCUUGAGAGAUUAUCUCAUCAAACACAAGGACCACUUUGAUUCCAAGAAACUGCUGCACUAUGCGUCACAGAUUUGCAAGGGAAUGGACUAUCUCGCCACCAAGCGGUACAUUCACAGAGACCUGGCCACGAGAAACAUUCUGGUGGAAAGCGAGAUGAGAGUGAAGAUAGGGGAUUUCGGCCUGACCAAAGUGCUGCCGCAGGACAAAGAGUACUACACCGUCAAAGAGCCGGGGGAAAGCCCCAUCUUCUGGUAUGCUCCAGAGUCGCUGACAGAGAGUAAGUUCUCUGUGGCGUCAGAUGUUUGGAGUUUCGGUGUCGUCCUUUACGAACUCUUCACCUACAGUGACAAGAACUGCAGCCCACCAGCGGUGUUUAUGGACAAGAUGGGAAAUGAAAAGCAGGGCCAGAUGAUUGUCUACCAUUUGAUUGACCUGCUGAUGCAUGGAUAUAGGUUACCUGCUCCAGAUAACUGUCCAAAGGAGAUUCACAAGGUCAUGAUGGAGUGCUGGAGCAAAGACCCGAGCCGACGGCCGACUUUCAAGACAUUAAUCCAGACUGUGGAUUCCGUACGAGACAACCUCAAGGACGGAUGAUCCCUGAACCCCGCCCGAGUCCUUCACCUCAACAACCUGGUGCCUGCCUUUACUGCAGCCUUUUGUAGUCGGACUGACGGUGAUAUUCACCUUCGUCUUUCUACGGCCGCGUGAAGCAUACGAAUGAUCUCAGUACCGUGUACACUACAUCCAGCUCCGACAUUAAAACAGAAGAUUGUUUCUGAUGCCUUUAAGAAGGUUUUACUUUUGGCAUAAGUUAUUUUAUUUGUAUGUGUCGUGUUUAACAGAUUGAGCAAGAAUAGGCAUUGACUUUUGUUAAACACACAUUAGUUCCACAAGCAGCAGCUCCUCUGAGCUUUUAUUGUUGUAAAGUGAGCAGGAAGUCACUGUUCAUGACCAAAGAGGCCGUGUGAUUCACCAGAACUGAACCUCACUGCUUUCAUGAAUGACUAGAAUUGAGCUGGUCUCCUCCUGCAGACUCUUGGUUUUUAAAAGUCCAUAAAUGGAGGGCAUCGCCUGAUGAGGACUCGCCAUGAUGAUCUCUACAAAUGAUGACAGAUUCCUGCUGUUUCAGAGGACUUCACAGAUAUUCAGUUCAUGCUAAGGAAGGUUCUUCGAGCUGGCGAAGCAACACAUACCGAGGUUGGAGUUCAACAGCCUUCGUUUACAUCAUUCCUGACAAUAUUACAUCAGAGGCAACAAUUACUGCUCAUUGAUCUCAUACAGUCGGGUUUUGUCGUUCUCGUUUUGUAGUAAAGCAACCUUUUGUAAUGAAUAAUUAACAGGUAUAUAUUUUAUAAACGCAGUCUGAUGUUUUCAGUGGCUGUACUAUCCGCCUGUACAUUUGAAAAUAUUCUACUUUGCUGAAUGUGGGGAAGAAAAAGUAAUGAAGAGAGGUGCUUUUGUUCCUCUGCAGCAGUUUCUUGCUGUAGUUUUAUUUAAAAACUUCUUUGACUCGUGUUCAUGUCAUUAUUUUCCCAACCGAACAGUCUGUGAAUAUGUCAACGUGCAUUGCAUUAUCCACCACGAACGCAUCUGUGGUCACAAGGGAAUUUUGUAUUGUUUUUAUUUUGUAGAACUUGAAUGUUGAAGACUUUAUGUGCCAAAUGUUAAUGACUGAAGGAGCUCGGUCGGUCAUUAUUUGAGAGGAGACAGAAUGCAGUUUGUGGUGCGGCAUCUUUCUUUCUUUUUUCAAACGUGUAUAGAAACUCUCCAAGGUUGUUUACCGCCAUUAACGGAAAGUCAGACACACACUCACGAUGUCGAGGAUACCCUCUCACAUCAUUAGCAAUGAGUCACUGUAAAGAGCAAAGUUUGUGUUUGUCUGUAUGAUGUGAUGCCCUCGAUGGACAGCAUUUCUACUGACGUGGCCACCCGGAAUAUUUCUUUCUAGAAAAGUCUGCGGUGAAAUAAACGUUUGGUUUGCUUCGAUGGAGAUUGCGGGUUUAUUUGAAUUUAAAUUUGGUAAAUUUAACAGACAAAUGCAUUGCUGUUUGGGUUUUUUUAUUGUUUGGAUUCAUAAUUUUGUCAGAUUUUUUUUGUACUCUUUGUGCAUUUGCUGUGUACCCUCGAAUUAUUUAUGUAUCCAAAGAUUUUCAUAAAAAGAGAAGAUGCUCAACCACA